CCGCUUAACCAACCCAAGUGAAAAGACACACAAAAGACACAGAAAAGACGAAGCCGACAUAUCAUACACGCGGCUUUGUAACAUUGCAUUUACCUCUACAAUGGAACAAGAUCGAGCCCAGACCGAUCUAGGCCUCGCUGCCGACCUGGAAGAAGAACAGCGUCAACAAGAACAAGCUGCGGAAGCGCACGAGGCAGAGAAAACAGAAGAAGCACAUACUUCGAUCCCCACACCAGCCGCAGCGACCUCAGAUGAGCCCCCAGCACUCAAACAACCGAAGAAACGUUUUGUCGGCCGCCGGACUGCCGCAGAGGCCGCCGCAAAGAAUGCCCCUACAUCAAGUACAACUUCCAUCGAGGACUCCAAGUCAAUACAAGUCGCCAAGCCACGUCGCGGACCCAGGCUACUAAACCAAGUCCCCGCAGAGAUCCUCAACGACCCGGCCCUCAACGCCGCCAUUGGCCUCCUCCCAUCCAACUACAGCUUCGAGAUCCCCAAAACCAUCCACCGCAUCCGCUCCUCCGCCGCCAAAAAAGUCGCCCUCCAAAUGCCCGAGGGCCUCCUCCUCUUCGCCACCACCAUCUCCGACAUCCUGACCCAGUUCUGCCCCGGCAUCGAGACCCUCAUCAUGGGCGACGUCACCUACGGCGCCUGCUGCAUCGACGACUACACCGCCCGCGCCCUGGGCUGCGACCUGCUCGUCCACUACGCCCACAGCUGCCUCAUCCCCGUCGACGUCACCACCAUCAAGACCCUCUACGUCUUCGUCGACAUCGCCAUCGACACCGCUCACCUGCUGGCCUCCCUCGAGCGCAACUUCCCCGCCGGCAAGACCCUCGCCCUCGUCGGCACCAUCCAGUUCAACGCCACCAUCCACGGCGUCCGCCCCGCCCUCGAGCGCGCCGGCUUCCGCGUCCUCGUGCCCCAGAUCGCCCCGCUCAGCCGCGGCGAGAUCCUCGGCUGUACCUCGCCGCGCCUCCCCAACGGCAACGUCGACCUCAUCCUGUACCUCGGCGACGGCCGCUUCCACCUCGAGAGCAUCAUGAUCCACAACCCUUCCAUCCCCGCCUACCGCUACGACCCGUACUCCCGCAAGCUCACCCGCGAGACCUACGCCCACCACGAGAUGCGCGACCUGCGCGCCGACGCCAUCCGCACCGCCAAGCGCGCCAGGAAAUGGGGCCUCAUCCUCGGCUCCCUCGGCCGCCAGGGGAACCCGCACACCAUGGCCAUGAUCGAGGCCCGCCUCAACGAGAGGGGCGUCCCCUUUGUGAACCUCCUCCUGAGCGAGAUCUUCCCCGGCAAACUGGCCAUCAUGGCCGACGUCGAGUGCUGGGUCCAGGUCGCGUGUCCGCGGUUGAGCAUUGACUGGGGGUACGCCUUUCCCCGGCCGUUGCUGACGCCCUACGAGGCCCUCGUGGCGCUCGAGGCGAGGGAAGGAUGGGAAAAGACGGGCGUGUAUCCCAUGGAUUAUUAUGGGAAGGACGGACUAGGGAGGACGAGGGCCAUAGAGGUUGAAAUACGAGGAUAAGGUAGACGAGAAAAGGGACAAUGAGAAUGUUUACGAGCCAUGACUAGUCGUAAAGCUGCGUAAAAUCAUUGUCAAUACCUUACCCGUUCGCUUAAUUAAGCAUAAUGAAUCGCGCCAUCAAGUGCACCACCAC